GCCAGCCGCCAAUGAGGCGCGGGUUUGUUGGUCGGUGAACUAGGGAGAGUUUGUGUAGGUGAGGAGGCUGUGUGCCCCAGCUUGCGUGAGGGACAGGGUGGGCUAACCCCCAUCCAGCCCCGCCGGCAUGGGGAGCAGCGAGAGCAGCCACGGGAACAGGAAGGUCUCGUUCGGGCUGGAUGAGCAGGAGCGAGUGCGGGUGCUGCAGGGCAUCAGGCUCUCUGAAGAUGUAGUGAACCGAAUGAAGGAAACUUCUCAACUUAAAGGGGACCAGAGACCAUCUUCCUUUCCUCCUUCUUCAUCCCGUGGCACUGCAUCAUCACCACAAGCUGCAGAAGGGAAGCCCAAGUUUACUUCAGGAAUCCAUCCACCAACUGCCAGUAGCUCUGGUCGGAAGCCCUCUGAGGCAGAGGAGGACCUGUACAAGAGGUAUGAGCGAGAGCAGGCACUGGUCCAAGAGGAACUGCUCCGGCUGGCCAAGAGGGAACGGGAGGCAGCCAGCGAGUCUCUCAAUACAACCCUCCAACGGGAAAAGAACAGCACCAAUGAAGAGAGGCAGAAAGCAGUUCAGCUGCCUGCGGAUUUGGAUGCCUGGGCACGGGAGCUACAGUGCAAGGAGAUGGAGUUGAAACGGCGGGACGCCUUCUGUAAGGAGCAGUUGGCCCGUAUUGAGAGGAAGAAUGCUGAAAUCUACAAGCUGACAUCAGAGCAAUUCCAUGAGGCAGCCACUGGUGCAGAGAACCACAUAAAACAAAGACCUGAUUUAGAUUACUCAGUGGGAGGGGGAGAGGAGGAUCUGAAAUCCUGGAUUUCAUGUGUACACAGCCUUCCUUCCUAUUGGACAGCAGAGAAGCAAAGACGGAGGAACACUGAGCCUCUAUGCGCAGGGCUGCAGUCUGAGAUUCUGAAGUGCUACCAAGAAAACAAGCAUGAAGUGCUCAAGUGCUCGGAGCUGGCCAAGGAGUACCAGCGCUGUGUUAGUGCAGCACAGAAGAUGCAACCUUGAGAUCCCAGCCAUCCUUGUUAUCAACAGACGAAAGACUCCAAAGAAUCAGGAAGCGUCCGCAAAGAAGCAAAGAGGACAUGCUGCAUGAAGUAGUGCAGCAGUCCCUUAAUGAACAUCAAAAAGUGCAGGAGUGAAGGGAGAGUGAAAGGAGGGUCUGCCAGCGGAAUGCGGGUCGCUGGCACCAAAGCACAGAGCAGCUGCUAAGCUUCAUUGAGUGCCAACUGGACUUGAUACAGGCGCUUGUAGCAAUGCAGGCGGAGCACUUCUGCGCCCGCUCCCCCCUGCAGCCCUUGCCCCCAAACUCUUUCCCUUGUGCCAGCAUGUCACUGCCAACCCACUUUUCCCCAACAUCCGGGUUCUUAUCACCACAAUCUGCCUCCAACACCUGUAGCUUCACCACCAAGCCGUGCAAACUAUGACCCUUACCCACUGCACUCAACCCCCAUCGCCAUGCAUUUUAGCCAGCCUGAAGUGCAGGACUCAUUGCACGGCACUCCAGACAGGAAGGCUGAGUAUGAUAACAGGACGUACACAAAUCUGUGAUUGUCCCACACAGCACAGUUGUGUCAUGCCCUUUCUAUUUCCCAAGCAGUUG